CAUUCACCAUGUAAAUCGAGUUUCCUACCCCAAGCAAUCAAAUUGGAUUGUAUUUAGACGUGUCAUUAUUACACAAGAGCUGGGCUCUUCCAUAUCAUUUCCACAGGUUGAUAGAGAUAGAUUAUACACGCGUCCAACCCUCCAACUCCAGCGACGAUGAACGGCCAUCGUCCUGAACGACCUCACCACAGCCGUCAACAUACCUUUCCUCACGCAAACACCUCCCGCCGAAAACCUCGACGAUGGCCCCUCGUCUUCCGCGUCACGAAAGGCGCCGUCCACUCCCAGAUCCUCCUGGCUGUGCUCCUCCAUGCCGCCUUCACCGCAGUUGUCGUCGCGGUCGACAAGUACACGCCCGGCGAAAUGGGCCUCCCGUCGAACAUAAUCCCCUCCCUUUCCAUCGUCGUGGGCCUGAUGCUCGUCUUCCGCAACCAGACGAGCUACGACCGGUGGUGGACCGGCCGCAACCAUUUCGCGACCAUCUGCGGCGCGGUGCGGAACCUUAGCCGAUCCUUCCUGACGAACGUCGGCCCGCUGGACGGCAAAGGAGGGAUAUCCCAAAGCCCCAUCGAAGACGGCACACAGGCCUCCGAAUCUGAGAAAGCCGAAACCGAGAGCGUCGUCCGUGUGCUCGUCGCCAUCCUCUACGCCGUCAAGUUCUCCCUCCGCGGCGAAUGGUCCGACGAGCCCCUCUUCCCCGGCGGCCCCCCGAAGCGCCCCAUCAUCCCCGGCAUCCCCGGCUGGAUGACCCCCAGCGGCGCCGGCGCCGGCGUCCGCACCCCCCGCACCCCCACCGCCUCCUCCGCCUCGGGCGCCCUCACCUCCGCCAUCAACGCCGGCCUCCUCGAAGCCUCCCUCGCCUCCAGCGCCACGCUCACCACGCCGCGAUCCAUGUACUCCUCCCUCCUCCCAGAGUCGCUCGCCUCGCUCGAGCACCGCGGCGUGCCGCUCCCGCUGCAGCUGACCUCGCUCGUCGAGUCGUACAUCCGUCGCGGCGCGCAACGAAAUUGGUUCAGCGCCCCGCAGGCGUCCGGGUUGACCGCGCAGGUGGGCACGCUGAUCGACGCGUUCUCGCGCAUGGAGACGAUCCGCAACACGCCGAUCCCCGUGGCGCAUCUGAUCCACGCAAGGCAGGUGCUGGCGCUGUAUAUCUGCGUGCUGCCGUUCGCGAUGGUGGAUGAUAUGGGGUGGUGGUCGCUGCCGCUGGUGUCGUUGGUGAGCUUUACCUUGUAUGGGAUUGAGGGGAUCGGGAGCCAGUUGGAGGAUCCGUUUGGGUAUGAUCGGAAUGAUAUCAAUAUGGAUGCGAUUGUGGCUGAUGCAAGGGUGGAGGUGCUCGCAUUGCUGGAGGAAUGGAGGAGUACUGGUGGCCGGCUUUUUGCCAUCUAAGAUGAAAUGUGAUGGAUCAGUGCAUUGCCGAGCGACUCUGUUUUAGCGAGUAUUUAGAGAAAUGAGCGUCGAUUUUCGAGCCCCGUUGUCAGAUAUCAUGUCGUUCAUUUACUAAACUACCUAUACCUACCGGUAUAAGUUUGGACGUAGUUGCGACGGACGUA